AACUCUCUCUCUCUCGCUCUCUCGCUCUCUCUCUCUCAAUAGAAGAUCUUAAUUUUUUAUUUCAAAAAGAAGAAAGAGAGAUGCUUGCAUGCCUUUGAUUUUCAUAAUCAAAUCUUCCAACAAAAAGGGUCUUUUGAUUGAUUACACGAGACUUCUUCGAAAAGGGGGGGAAAGAAAACAGAUUCAGUGCAUGAGCUUAUCCCGACCAAAAGGUCGAUUCAAUGCAGAAUCGCCAGAAAUCCGAAAAUCUCACCCAUUUCGAUCUCUAUCCCGAAAAUGCGAAUUGGGUUUUCUUCAUCCGUCUCAAGAAUCUCUAGGCUUUGAUUCCGGGCCCUGAGACUCAGCAAUGGAGGAGUUCUGAGAGGUACGCGAAUGCUGUGGACUCCUGUAUUUUUGAGAUUUUGGGUUUUUGUUCGAAUUGAAUUUCUGGGUCGUCUUCCAUUGACGGACCCCGCGUUGAUUCGAGCUUUGAUCCUGAUUUUCAUCUCUAUCUGAGAGUUACCAUGUUGGCGGUUUUCGAAUCUGAGAGAAUUUCAGCUUCGGCGGUUGUCGAAUCUGUAGUGAUAGUAGUAUUAGCCUCUUUGCUGGUUUGUAGAUCUGAAGAGCUGAAUACGGAAGGGAAAUACCUUCUAGAACUCAAGAGCAGUUUCAGUGAUGAGUUUAACCAUCUGGGUUCUUGGGAUUCCAGUCACCCGUCGCCGUGCAGAUGGACGGGCGUGAAUUGCACGAUGCUGGAAUCUGGCCCAGUUGUUCACUCUCUCAAUCUGAGUUCCAUGAACUUGUCCGGGACUUUCCCACCGAGUAUCGGUUCUUUAGUCCAUUUGACUGUUCUUGAUCUCUCUCACAACAAGUUGAAAGGGAGGAUACCGAAGGAGAUUGGGAACUGUUCGAAGUUGGAGGUUCUUAAUCUGAAUGACAACAAUUUGGAUGGUGAGAUCCCUGCCGAAUUGGGUAAUCUAUCAUGCUUGAGAAGACUCGACUUCUGCAAUAAUGGGAUUUCGGGGUCAUUUCCAGAGGAGCUUGGGAACCUGUUGUCCCUUGUGGAGUUAAUGGCUUACACUAACAAUUUAACGGGCCCGCUGCCUCCAUCGCUUGGGAAUCUCAAGAAUUUGACGGUUUUCCGAGCAGGGCAGAAUCUGAUCUCAGGAAGUAUACCCAUUGAGAUAGGCCAGUGUGAAAGGUUGAGAGUACUGGGUCUUGCGCAGAACAAGUUAGAGGGAGAAAUCCCAAAAGAACUUGGGAUGCUUGGAAAAUUGAAGGAUCUGGUUCUUUGGGAUAAUGGUUUGUCGGGUUCUAUGCCGAAGGAACUUGGGAAUUGUUCAAGCCUUCAAACUCUUGCUUUGUAUGAGAACAAUCUGGUCGGUGGAAUUCCCAUGGAGAUGGGGAACCUCAUGUUCUUGGAGAAAUUGUAUCUCUACAGGAAUGGAUUGAACGGAACGAUUCCAAAAGAGAUUGGGAAUCUCACUAUGGCAACAGAAAUCGAUUUCUCAGAGAAUUCAUUGAUGGGAGAGAUACCGAAAGAGUUUGGUAAUUUGAAGGGUUUGCGCUUACUCUACCUUUUCCAAAAUCAGCUUACUGGUGUUAUCCCAGUCGAGUUGUGCAGCUUAAAGAAUCUGAGUAAGCUUGACCUUUCAAUCAAUUACCUCACUGGACCCAUUCCCAUGGAAUUGCAGUAUUUGACAGAAUUGCUCAUGUUACAGCUCUUUCAUAACUCGCUGAGUGGCAGCAUUCCUCAGGGGCUCGGUGUGUAUAGCCCACUUUGGGUGGUUGAUUUUUCAGAGAACAAUCUCACUGGGCAAAUACCAAGUCAUCUUUGCAGACAUUCUAAUCUGAUUUUGCUGAACCUGUGGUCAAACAAGCUGAUGGGAAAUAUCCCAAAUGGGCUCACAAGAUGUAAGUCCCUGGUGCAGCUUCGUUUGGGUGGAAACAGUCUUACAGGGAGCCUUCCUGUGGAUCUAUGCAAAUUGGCGAAUUUGUCUGCAAUUGAAUUGGACCAAAACAAGUUCAGCGGCCCAAUUCCUUCAGAGAUAGGGAACUGCAAAGCAUUGCAAAGGCUUCAUCUCCCAGAUAACCACUUUGCAUCCGAGUUGCCGAGAGAGAUAGGCAAUUUAUCACAAUUGGCAAGCUUUAACAUCUCGUCUAAUAAGGUCACUGGAAGAAUCCCGCCAGAGAUUGUUAAUUGCAGGAUGCUCCAACGACUCGAUCUCAGCCGAAAUGACUUCGUGGGUUCUUUACCAGACGAGCUUGGAAACCUUUCCCAGUUGGAGCUGCUUAAGCUUUCUGAGAAUGGGCUGUUGGGAUCGAUACCUGCCCACUUGGGGAAUCUCUUCCGUUUGACUGAGUUGCAGAUGGGCGGUAACCGUUUUUCAGGCCAAAUACCACAGGAAUUUGGUGGGCUUUCAAGUCUGCAGAUAGCGAUGAAUCUCAGUUAUAAUAAUCUGUCCGGAAAUAUACCGCCUGAGCUUGGAAAUCUCAUUUUACUGGAAUUCCUCCUGCUCAACAAUAACCAUUUAACUGGUGAAAUCCCUUCCACGUUUGCAAACCUGUCAAGUUUGCUUGGGUGCAACGUGUCGUACAAUGAUCUCACAGGACCUCUGCCAUCUAUCCCUCUCUUUCAAGACAUGGCCAUCAGCAGCUUUAUCGGAAACAAUGCUCUUUGUGGUGGGCCUCUUGGUGCAUGUGGUGGAUCUCUUUCAUUGCCCUCCCUUCCACCAUCAAAAGUGGCAAAUGCUCAUUUGGGCAAGAUCGUGGCAAUAAUUGCUGCAGCUGUGGGCGGUGUUUCUCUUGUUCUCAUCAUUGCUAUCCUGCGAUCCAUUAGACGUCCGCCUGAAAUGGUUACUCCAUUACAAGAUAACGAGUUACCUCCUUCGGUCUCAGACAUGUAUUUCUCCCCAAAGGGUGGAUUCACAUUCCAAGAUCUGCUUGAAUCCACAAACAAUUUCAAUGAGUCUUUUGUGAUCGGAAGGGGAGGUUGUGGAACGGUGUAUAGAGCAGUUAUGCAAACUGGACUGAUGAUUGCGGUUAAGAAGCUAGCAUCGCAAAGAGAGGGGAACAAUGUGGACAACAGCUUUCGUGCUGAAAUUUUAACUCUGGGGAAGGUUCGACACCGAAAUAUUGUGAAGCUCUAUGGUUUUUGCUAUCACCAGGGCUCUAAUCUUCUACUAUAUGAGUACAUGUCGAGGGGCAGUUUGGGUGAACUACUUCAUGGUGUCUCAUGUAGCCUUGAUUGGGAAACCCGUUAUCAGAUUGCUCUUGGGGCUGCUCAGGGGCUCUCAUACUUGCAUCAUGAUUGUAAACCACGGAUCAUUCACCGAGAUAUAAAGUCAAAUAACAUUCUAAUUGAUGAUAACUUUGAAGCUCAUGUUGGGGACUUUGGAUUGGCGAAGGUGAUUGACAUGCCACAAUCGAAAUCGAUGUCUGCAGUGGCUGGAUCGUAUGGGUACAUUGCUCCUGAAUAUGCAUACACCAUGAAAGUCACAGAAAAGUGCGAUGUCUAUAGCUAUGGAGUCGUCCUAUUGGAGUUGCUCACCGGUAGAACACCCAUACAAACACUGGACCAAGGGGGUGAUCUUGUUACAUGGGUGAGGAUUUAUAUUCAAAACCAUUCGAUAGAUUCGGGAAUACUUGAUGCUCGACUGAAUUUGGAAGAGGAGAACGUCAUCAAUCACAUGUUCAUGGUCCUGAAAAUCGCUUUACUAUGUACGAAUAUGUCGCCGUUUGACCGACCGGCAAUGCGGCAAGUCGUGUUGAUGCUGAUUGAGACUAAAGAGAGAGGAGAGUGUUCUUCGUCUUCAAAUUCACUUCUCCCUUCAAAGGAGGAUACCUCUUAAAGAUACUCAUGCAGUGCACAGGUGAAGAAUCAUCCAAGACGUCCAUCAGAGGUGGGUCCCUCGCUGAGGUGGCCUCGUGAAGAAUCAAAGCGGUGAGAGAGUUUAUGGAACAAACGAUCAGCAAGAGAAUCUCCCAAGUACGUCCAAGUACUUAUGUCUGCCUUUUUCCCAGCCCAAUCAAAGAAGAGCCGGAGAGAGUUGUUAAGAGUAGAGUACGAAGAGACGAUGAGACAGAAGAAUCCGAAUACAGUAGAGCCAGCUGUUCGUAGUACCUGUGGCUGUCAACGGAUCAGUACAUGUUUUUAAUUUAAUACUCUAGCCGAGUGUGGUAGAUGAUACGCAUGUAUUUAUAGAUUAUUUAGAAAUUG